AAAAAAAGGACAACUUAAAUUUCCACUAAUUUUACAUGAUAACUACACAUUAACAUCGGUGUAUUAGCACAACGAGAAGAAGAAGAUAAUAUAUUACUGUGGAACCGAUGUCGUCGUCGGAACGAAAACUAAUUGUUGUCUCUGGUUUCGGACCAUUUAUUGGACAUGAGGAGAUCAAUGCCAGUUGGGAGGCUGUAAAGCUGCUGCCAGAGCUGCUCACCGCCCAAAAUGGCACUGAAUAUGACCUGAUGAAGCGUCUGGUCGCCGUCGAGUACGAAGCAGUCGAUGAGGCGUGUACAGAGAUAUGGAGCCGUCAGCCAGAGAUGGUCAUACAUGUUGGAGUGUCAGGUAUAGCCAAAUGCGUUUAUGUGGAAAAGCUGGCCUAUAACCACAAGUUCCGACGGGCAGACAAUUCCGGACAGUAUUUGUCCAACGGCAGUUGUGUCCUCCCCCACAAUGGCAAGGCAAAUGUUUUGCGCUGCGGCCUUGACGUGGACAAGAUCGUAGAGGCUGUAAAUGCAACAUGCGAGGCGUGUGUGGCCCCCACAAUGCCGCACCACAGUGACAAGCCUUUGGGUGCUACGAGGGUUUCCAAAAAUGUGGGCGAUUUUCUUUGUGGCUACAUAUAUCUGAAAUCUCUCGACGUGGACUCCAAGCGAAGUUUGUUCGUGCAUGUCCCACCUAUAAAUAGACCAUUUAGUACCGAACAAACGGCGGAUAUUGUUUUAAAAAUCAUUCAACAAUGCGUGCAACAAGUGGCCGCUUCCGCAUGUAGCAAUUAAAUUCCAGUUAAAUUAUAUUUCAUAAAAUUGUUAUUGAAUAAGAAUCUCAAUAUGUAUGGAUUCAUGAACGGCGACUUUUACUAUUUUCUUUUUGAAUACUUUUGUCUCUUUCGGAUCAUGUUACAAAGCAGAGAGUUCAACGAUAUGCGUACAAUUAAUGCCGAAAAUAAUUCCAUAUGUUUCCACUACAAUACGUAAACAAUAAUAUAUCAAAACAAACCAACGGUUUGGAUAAAA